UGGGCUACUCCAUAACUUGUAUGUUUGCAAAUAUCAUGUGAGAGAAUCGAAACAAGGAUUAAGGAUCUUGCAGGCGCACACCUUCUUGAGGACACCGCUCUAAAUUGACAUGGUGAUGGGACUACACCAAAAAUAACACUUUGAGGCGCACACCUUCUUGAGGAAAGUGCUCUACGUUGAUAUGAUGAUCGGACGGAACAAAAAAUAACACUUUAAUAUACUAAUAUCUACUAAUAUACUAUAUCAAGAUAACAACUUUGUUGUUUUAGUUUUGUUGUAGUUGUUCAGAUAUUUUUUUAAUUUAGGUUUAGAAUUCCUUUGAGAAUCAUGUUCAGAAAAAAGGACCCAGAAAAAAGUCACCUGGUUACGGAGAAAAAAGGCAAUAUGUAUACCAUCACCAUGGGAAGUGUUUCAACAGAUGAAGGACUGGAGAAAAAUGGGGGGGACAUUAAGCAUUGCCAUGACAACAGUCUGGCUCAGGAGAGCAGAGAGCAAGAGAAGAAGCAGGCCCGAAAGAGACUCUAUGUGGUCUCAGUUAUCUGCCUGGUGUUCAUGAUAGGAGAGAUCCUAGGGGGUUAUUUUGCGGGCAGUUUGGCGGUGAUGACCGAUGCUGCCCACUUACUCGUGGACCUGAUCAGCUUCAUCAUCAGCCUCUUCUCCCUGUGGCUCUCCUCCAGACCUGCCACACACAGACUGAGCUUCGGCUGGCACCGCGCGGAGAUCUUGGGGGCUCUGCUGUCCGUCUUCACCAUCUGGCUGGUGACAGGUGUGCUGGUCUACCUGGCCAUAGAGCGCAUCGUCAACGACGAUUACGUCAUCGAGGGCACCAUCAUGCUCAUCACGUCCGGCUGUGCCGUGCUCGCCAACAUCAUAAUGGCGCUGACCUUACACCAGUCUGGCCACGGGCACAGUCACGGUGGUCUCAGCAGCUCGCACGGACACGGCCACAGCCACAGUUCCAAAGAAGACAAGGGCAAGGGCCACAGCCACGGCAACAGUAACCAUGCCCACGGGGACCAUGGCGACAGCGACGUUGAGCACCAGGGGACCAAACCGGAGCCGGGGGUGAAGGCCAGGGCCCAGGCUAACGCCAGUGUGCGUUCUGCCUUUGUGCACGUGCUGGGAGACCUGCUGCAGAGCAUCAGCGUGCUUGUCAGUGCUGUCAUCAUCUUCUUUAAGCCGGAGUAUAAGAUAGCUGAUCCCAUCUGUACGUUCCUCUUCUCCUUGUUUGUUCUGGCCACCACCAUCACCAUCCUGAGAGACAUCCUGGUAGUGUUGAUGGAAGGUAUCCCUGGGGGGGUGAAGUACAGUGAGGUAAAGGACCGUCUCCUGGCAAUAAAGGGGGUCAAGACUGUCCACAACCUCCACAUCUGGGCCUUGACCAUGAACCAGGUGGUCUUGUCAGCUCAUGUGGCCAUAGAUGACUCAGUGGAUUCCCAACCAGUUCUCAGGGAGAUGACCCAAGCCUGCUUCUCCACCUACAACUUCCACUCAGUCACCAUUCAGAUGGAGCAACAGGCUGACCAGAAGCCUGGGUGUACCUUGUGUGUGGAGCCCACAAUGUAGGCUUCGACCUGGGAAGCCUUCUGAGCCAGAGCCCAUAGGAACAGCCAGACAUCAGGAGGAGCCUGAUGAAACCACAAGAACUGGUUUAUCUUGUCCAGGAUGGAUAUGUUGUCUCAAGUGGGGUGUCGUUCUAUUGUCAUAUGACAGUACCUCAGUGCCUCUGUUCAAACUUUCCCAAAGAAGUAAGGAUUAAAAGAUUAGGGGAUUGUGCCUUUAGUAAGUGUACAAUCACGGAUGAACAAACAGUUUCCUAUCAGUUUAUUUAAGUAGUUGUUUUGAAAAACAUAUAUUCUUUUACAAGAACAUUUACUAUUGCUUAUGCUUAUGUAAACAUUCUAAUACAUAGAUUUGAUUGUCAUUCUGAAUGUCCCUGAUGGCUAUUUUGGCAGAUUUUUAAAUGGCAGAUACAUUUGAUUCAUUAUAAUCUGUACUUUGAAGUGUUGCACCUUUAGCAGUACUGUGUCCUUUAAAACAUGUGAAAUUAAUAAAAUGUA